GAGACUCGUGUCGUGCUAGUGAAACAGUGGUGUACAGGUGCUCUGGUGGUGCUUGUGUUGAUCGAAUAUAAAGGUGACAAUGGCCACCUCCAGCUGGGAUAAGUUUAUCCUACUGCUUUGGAAGAACUGCAUCAUCCAGAAGCGCCAUUACGUGCAGACACUGUUCGAAAUUCUGAUCCCCGCCAUCGCCUGCGUGGUGCUGAUAGUGGUCCGCGGGCUGGUCGAUGCGGAUGUGUACGAUGAACCGACCACAUGGAAACCGCUGGAAAUAAACACCGUUCGGCACAUGAUGCCUGAACUGAACCCCAACAUUACACCGCCCAUAACGUUCCUGCUGGCGUACAGCCCUCAGUCUCCACUGACGGAAAGAAUUAUGAGGAGGGCCGUCGAUCAGAUACUGGAACCGAUCGAUGUAGUCGGGUUUGACUCCGGUCAGCGGAUGGAGGACUUCUUCCGAUUGAACUAUUCCCUUGCUGGGGUAGAAUUUCCGGACAGCUACCGCACCAUGGAUACACUCCCGAACAAUGUUACCGUGUCGCUACGGUUCCCGGGCGAAAUGCGAACGCUGCAGGAUGACUUCACCGCGUUCUGGGCGAACUGGGCGACGGAGCUGAUGUUCCCAUCGUUCCAGAUUGCGGGUGCGCGUGAGCGCGAACGAGACGAUGCAGGCUAUCCGGCGAACUACUACAACGAAUCGUUCAUCGCAGUACAGAGCGCAGUUUCGCGGGCGAUCAUAUUGGAGCGGGAUCCUUCGUUCGCACUGCCGGACAUCUAUCUGAAUCGUUUCCCGUACCCACCGUACUACAGUGAUCCACUGCUGACCGGGUUCGAAAAUCUGCUCCCACUGAUCGUUGUGAUCGCGUUCUUCUACACCGCCAUCAACACCGUCAAGUACAUCACGGUCGAGAAGGAGAAGCAACUAAAGGAAGCGAUGAAGAUUAUGGGCCUGCCGAGCUGGCUCCACUGGUCCGCCUGGUUCGUCAAGUGCCUGCUGCUCCUGAUCGUAUCGAUCUCGCUGAUCGUGAUACUGCUCUGCGUCAACGUGACCACCAACACCGACCUGUCGAUCUUCGAGUACGCCGAAUGGACGGUCGUGUGGUUCUACCUGUUCGUGUUCAGCAUCACAACGAUCUGCUUCUGCUUUAUGGUAAGCACGUUCUUCUCCAAGGCUAACAUUGCGGCCGGCAUUGCCGGUUUGCUCUGGUUCAUCCUGAUCGUGCCGUACAACAUUGCGUUCUCCAACUACGACGACAUGACGGUCGGCGCUAAGAUGGCGCUCUGUCUCUUCUCCAACUCCGCCAUGUCGUUCGGAUUUAUGCUGAUGAUGCGCCACGAAGGUACGGCCACGGGACUGCAGUGGUCGAACCUGUUCGAUCCUGUCUCGGUGGAUGAUGAUUUUUCCGUCGGUGAUACGAUGAUCAUGCUGUUGAUCGAUGCGCUCCUCUAUCUGCUGAUCGCACUGUACGUGGAGAAGGUGUUCCCGGGAGAGUUUGGUAUUGCCGAGCCGUGGUACUUCCUGUACACGAAGAAGUUCUGGUGCAGGGAAAAGCAGCAAAAGCCGGAACCGGUAUCGGUGAUGGAUAGCAUCGGGCAGGAUACGUCCAAUAUUGAGCGUGAACCGGACGGCAAGUACGCGGGCAUCCGGAUACGUAAGUUAAGGAAAGAGUUCAAGAAGAACAAAGUGGCUGUGCAGGGACUGAACCUUAACAUGUACGAAGAUCAGAUUACGGUGCUGCUCGGACACAAUGGGGCCGGCAAGACGACUACCAUGUCGAUGCUGACCGGCAUGUUUUCACCCUCGUCCGGCACGGCGCUGGUCAAUGGGUACGACAUACGGAACAAUAUAGACGCGGUGCGAGGAUCGCUCGGACUGUGCCCGCAGCACAACGUCCUGUUCAACGAGAUGACCGUAGCGGAGCACAUCGAGUUCUUUGCCCGGCUGAAGGGUGUACCGAGGAACAAAAUUAAGGAAGAAAUUCGCCAUUACGUACAGUUGCUGGAGCUGGAGGAUAAGCUCAACAAGCAGUCCCACACGUUGUCCGGUGGCAUGAAACGGAAGCUUUCCGUGGGAAUAGCACUUUGCGGUGGUUCGAAGGUGGUGCUUUGCGAUGAGCCCACGUCCGGUAUGGAUCCUUCCGCUCGGCGCGCUCUGUGGGAUUUGCUGAUCAAGGAAAAGCAGGGCCGCACCAUCCUGCUGUCGACGCACUUUAUGGACGAGGCGGAUAUUCUGGGCGAUCGGAUCGCGAUCAUGGCCGAGGGAGAGUUGAAAGCGUGCGGAUCCUCCUUCUUCCUGAAGAAACGGUUCGGGGUGGGCUAUCGGUUGAUUUGUGUGAAAGGUGCGAACUGUGAUCGUGGCCGGCUGACGGGACUGCUCAGACAGCACAUACCGAACAUCAACAUCGACACGGACAUCGGGUCGGAGUUGUCGUACGUGCUGAACGAAAACUACACCGCCGUGUUUCAGGAUCUGUUGCGCGAUCUCGAGGACAACGUAGAGCAGUGCGGCAUCACUAGCUACGGCAUAUCGUUGACCACGCUCGAGGAGGUGUUUUUGCGCGUCGGUAGUGAUUCGUACGCGUUGGAUCAAAAAUCGGGCUCGAACGAUAUCGGGCAGGACAGUGACGGAGUGUCGGGCCUGGGUGAUUCAACCGUCACGAUGAGUCAGACGAGUGAUACACAGCCGCUGCUCGGCGGGUCUGGGCUCGUUUGGAACCAGCUGUUUGCCAUGCUGCUGAAAAAGUUCAUAUCCACCAAGAGAAGCUGGGUGCAGAUGCUGGUGCAGGCAUUGAUACCGAUCUACUUCGUGAUUGUGACGGUUAUUAUUGUGAGGACCUUCCCGGGGCAGACCGAUUUACCGCCGAUACCGAUCAACGUGUACAACUACACGGAGACAAACACGCUACUGCAGGCUUCCACCGCAAGCCCGUUCGUUGAUGGAUUUAGAUCAGUGUUCGGAGCGUAUCCCAGCACACACCGGCUGCGGAUCAUCGAUACGGAUAUCGUGGACUACAUACUAGAACUGUCGGUCGAGAAUAUAGGUCUGGUUAAUCGAGCGUUCAUGGCGGCUGCAUCGAUCACCAGCACGAACCACACCGUUUGGUGGAACCCGACCGGAUUCCACACUGCACCUUUAGCACUGAACUUCAUGUACAACGCUAUCAUCAAGUCAAUCAACACCGACUUUGAGAUUACCAUUAUCAACAAACCGCUUCCCUUCAAGGCUGAAACGAGAUUCACGCAACUUCAGGCGGGCAAUAACCUCGGCUUCCAGAUCUCGUUCAACACCGGCUUCGCAAUGUCCUUCAUCGCGGCACUGUACAUCAUGUUCUACAUCAAGGAGCGGACGAGCCGCGCCAAGCUGCUCCAGUUCGUCAGCGGCAUCAACGUGUUUACGUUCUGGAUCGUGUCCUUCCUGUGGGACUUCUUCACGUACAUCAUCACCGCACUUAUCUACAUUGCAACGCUGGCCGCCUUCCAGGAGGAUGGUUGGUCCACGUUCGAGGAGCUCGGCCGCGUAUUUCUGGUGCUGCUCGUGUUCGGCAUAGCGUUCCUGCCCGUGACCUAUCUGUUUUCGUUCUGGUUCGAAGUGCCGGCGACAGGUUUCGUGAAGAUGAUGAUCGUGAACAUCUUUACCGGUACGAUCUUCUUUACCGCCGUGUUUCUGCUCGGCUUCGACGGGUUCGAUCUGAAGGACGUCGCGAACGGGCUCGAGUGGGCAUUCAUGAUAUUCCCCCUGUUUUCGCUCAGCCAAAGUCUCAGCAACAUUAACGUCCUGUCGACGACGGAAUCCGUCUGCCGGGAGCAGUGCACGGAAGAGACGGCUGCCCUCUGCUCGAAGGAGUACAUCUGUGCCCUGCUGCCCCAGUGCUGUGAUACGAACAUCUUCUCGUGGGAAACGACCGGCAUCAACCGGCAGCUGCUGUAUAUGGGAGUGGUCGGGCUGGUCGGCUUUCUGAUACUGAUGGGCAUCGAGUUUCGGGUGGUGGAACGCAUGCUCAAACGUCGCAAGCGAUCGUCCGGCACGCUACCACCGGCCAGCGAAGAUCCCGCACUGGACGAUGAUGUGUGGGAAGAGAAGAGACGCGUGAAAGCGCUAUCGGACGGUGAGCUUACCAACAAAAAUCUGGUCGUAAGCGAACUGACCAAAUACUACGGCAAGUUCCUGGCGGUGAAUCAACUCUCGGUGUCGGUCGAAGGUUCGGAAUGUUUCGGGCUGCUCGGUGUGAAUGGUGCCGGUAAGACGUCCACGUUCAAGAUGCUUACCGGCGAUGAAAACAUCUCGGCCGGUGAGGCAUGGGUGAAGGGCAUAAGCCUCAAGAGUAACCUCAACCAGGUGCACAAAGUGAUCGGCUACUGUCCACAGUUUGAUGCACUGCUGGAGGAUCUUACCGGUCGGGAGACGAUGAAGAUCUUUGCCCUGCUGCGUGGCAUCCCCAAGGACGAGAUUGGAUUCGAGACGGUACGUCUAGCGGAGGAGCUUAACUUCAUGAAGCACAUUGACAAGCGCGUCAAGGAGUACAGUGGGGGUAACAAGCGAAAGCUUAGCACCGCGCUGGCACUGCUGGCGAAUCCGGCCGUCGUGUAUCUGGACGAACCGACCACCGGUAUGGAUCCGGGCGCUAAGCGUCACCUGUGGAACGUUAUCAUCAACGUGAAGAAGGCGGGCAAAUCGAUCGUGCUCACGUCACACAGCAUGGAAGAGUGUGAAGCGCUCUGCACCCGGCUAGCGAUUAUGGUGAACGGCGAAUUCAAGUGUAUCGGAUCAACGCAGCACUUGAAGAACAAAUUCUCCAAGGGUUACUUCUUGACGAUUAAGCUUAACCGUACGGGCGACGGUUCCGCGGCUAAUGCCGAUCCGGUAAAACAGUUCGUGGCGCAAAACUUCACCCAGGCGGUGCUCAAGGAGGAGUAUCACGACUCGAUUACCUAUCACAUCACACAGUCCGAGCUGAAGUGGUCCACCAUGUUCGGGCUGAUGGAGCAAGCCAAAAGGACGCUCGACAUCGAAGAUUACGCCCUGGGGCAGACAUCACUCGAGCAAGUGUUCCUGUUCUUCACCAAGUAUCAGCGCGUUACCGACGAUAACUAGGACGUAGGAAAUGCCGGUCGGGGAUCCUCUAUUAGUUCGUUUAGUUUUUCACCCUUCAUUGAUGAAAUACCACCAACAUCUGUUUGUCGUGUUCGUGUACCUGAUAAGGCGCUUACUGAAGUAGACCGAGAAAUUUUGCCGGUGUCCCAUUAAACCCGAACCUAGCACAGGUUUCUUCUUUUUCCCACUACUACCCGUACUCCAAAACCCUCCAAAACACACUCACUCACAGUAGUGUCGCCCUUAACGCACGUGAAUCAUUGAUGAGAUUUCGCUAUCAUUAAUCCCUCCCUGGAUCAAUUUUGCGUUCGGCGGGUGUCGGGCGUUUUGUUGUGUUUCCGUUCCAUCGGCCACCGUUCACGUUAUCGGGUGGUUCGGGGCCGCGGGUGUGUUUUGAGGUUAGCGUUUCUCUCCUUUGCGCUAAGCCAGCCCCCGGUCGACAUAUCGAUAAAUGACCGGCGACCGGUGAGAAUCGUUUCAGUCCGCUCGUAACCGUAGUGUUUGAAAGGGGUGUUCGUCAGCAACAAGUUCGGUCACAGGCAAGUGUUUCCGUUUCCGCAUUCCGUUUCACUCGGUGUGCCACCACAAUGUAGUUAUAAGUGAGCCUGAAAGCAGAGACAUUAAAACCAACCCAGCAGGUCUAGCAUUAUACGACAAUCAUCCAUCGAUAUGGAACGGUUCUCACCGCGUAGGAAGUUAAUUAUGGACGUUAUGUUAGGUGGUUCCCGGUUAUGUGGGUGCGCCACACGGAUCCCGCCAAAUCGUUCGACCAUGAACUCUGUAACAACUGUGGUGAAAGUUGAAGGACAUUUCCGAAUAAAAGUAUGUUAACCAGUGUGUCUGAUAUAA